CACCGUCACCACUCUCCAUGCAUUCUGAGUAACAGACUCAGGGUUUUAUUUUUGGACUGCUAUGGAGCCUGUGCCUUCCAUUUGAAGGUAGGGGGAAUAGUUGAACUCAACAUGAGUCUCCCGUUCUGACAGUCCAAGCUGGGACAAGCAGGCAGCCGCCAGACACCCCUGAACAGCAGACAAACAGGGGAUCUCGUCUGAAGUGUCUUCACCUGUCUUCAGUUACAGUCAUCUCUUGGGGGCUGAAGAUUUAAUGGCGGUCAAUAUUGGCAAUGCUACCCAGGCAGGCCUGCUUUCCCAGCAGUACCCCCCACCUUUGUUUCCCAAACCUGGGAAAGAAAAUGUCCGGCUCCAGAAACUACUCAAGAAGACAGCAAAGAAAAAAGCUGCAGCCCAGGCCUCACAACCGUCAGUCCCCUACCGCUCAAGCCUCUCUCCAGUAAAUGAAGCGAGCCCUGACCUGGAGCACAGUGAUCACUCAACUCCUCCUAAGACUCCAGAGACACCUUACUACAUUGGCACGGUACACCCACGCUUCAACGUCCGACCACUGUAUCAGCAUGUGUCGUCUCCUUAUCCUCAUCACAGAGGAUUCACUUACGGCAAGACGGCAAGGUUUUCACCACAACCAUAUGUGGCUCCCCAACGCCGGUCUCCAGCAUUUCAAUACACAGCCUCACCAGUACCAGGACUUGACACGCAUGAACCUGUUCCAGUCACUAUUCUACAAACUUCACAAAGAGUGGAAGUCAGCUCAAAUCUUACCACUCAUGUAACCUCUAAAUCUCCAAGCCCUCAGCCAGCCACUUUGAAUGUUUCUAGAACAUCAAAACCAUUGUUUGAAGUUCCUCAAAUCACCAUUUACACAGCAAAGACAGUAGGUGUGAGAACACCUCAUGCAUCACCAACAAGGAGUAAAACGCCUACUGCAGAGUUAUUGAGAGGCCCAACGCCAACAUUUGAGGUUAGAAGGAUAGUGACACCAACAUCUGAAAUAAGAAGAGACAGAACACCAACCAGAGAGAUCAGAAGGGUUACAACACCAACAUUUGAAGUCAAGAGGAUUACAACCCCAACUUCAGAAAUUAAGAAAAGCCAAACUCCAACUUCUGAAGUCAAGAAAGAGACAAUUCCAUCUUCUGAAAUUAAAAGGUUCAGAACUCCUGCUUCAGAGACUAAACAAAAUGCAACACUGACACCUGAGACAAAAUGGGGUACAACUCCAACGCUUGAGGCAAAGGGGGCUACAACACCAACAAGAGUAAAGACACCAACAUUUGACUUUAUUUCAACAAAAACACCUUCAGGGCGUCCCAAGACACCUUCAGGUAAUGCGUCACAUGUUAGAGUACCUGUGAUUGAGAUUUCAAGACCAAAUCCACUUUUAUUUGCUGUGUCUCCUGUGCACAUGGAGGGCAGAAGAUCCAAAACGCCAACCUCAAGUUUGACUGGUCCACACAAUGAAAUGCAUAAAAUAUCAAAUCAAGUGAAUGACACCAGUCAUUCAGAAAUAUUACAAAAUGGGGACAUAGGUGUCAAAUCAACUGAACCCUUACAAGAAAAGCUGGAUAAGGCCACAGAAAACCUGUCAAAACUUGAGUCAUCAAAGCCAAAGUCCCAAAUACAGAAAAGCCCAAAUGAGCAGCCAAAGCCUAAAACCCCAACAACACCCAAGACUAAACAUGCACAGCCUGCUUUAUCCUCAGUUGGGCAUCAAAAAACGUUAUCUAGAGUCCCUCCAUUUGCAGGUCAAAGACCCAAAACACCAACAGCACCUAAAUCCAAACCAACAUAUUAUGGAUUGACUCCCUCUGAAUAUGUUGCCCAUGGAGGAAUAAAGAGUUACACACCCAGUUUUAGCAUUUCUACAUCAACUGCACUACCAAGUGCAGAGGCAACUCACCUUUCAAAACAGGAACAAAUAGUACCUCAACCUGAUGUAAAUGUGACCAUGACGAAUGACAAGUCUGAGGUAAAGCCUAAAGAACAAGUUGAAGUCCUGCCACCUCAGGCUGGUGUUGUUAAAGAGGAAACCGCUGUGGUGGCUCCACCUCCAGAGGUUUCAAAGUUAGCCUCUAUGCUACAAGCAAACUCUGUAAGGGACAUUCCCAAGUCAACUGUGCCAGAAUUAAAAGCAAAAAUUCCUGACGUUAAAAUUCCAACUAUUGUGGUAUCUGUAGCUGACACACCACCAUCAGAAGCAAAAGCAGAGCCAAUAAGUACUGUGACACCAAGAGUCAGAACUCCAACCUAUGGAUCUCCUAGACUUUCCCAAAAGACACCAACCCCUCCAACUGUGAAGGUAACGCCGAAAUCUGCUAGUAAGGCUGUGCUAUUAUCUGACCAAGAUGUGGGAAAGCCAGCUCUUCCAAAGGUGUCAGAAGGUAAAGUUAAUGCCGAAACAACCAAAGUAACAGAGAAGCCAACAGAGGCAAAAAUGUCUUUGUUAGAGAGAAUUAAGAAGCAGAAGCUUGAAGCUGCUUCUUCUGAAAAAACUCCUGAAAAAGGAGAGGUUAAAGAUGUGGUUAAGCCACUGGCUAAACCAAAAGACCAAGAGAAACUUGAAACAAAGGAUACCGAACCUGAACAGGUUGACAGAGUGGAGACAAAAGCUAGCCCACAACAGGAGAUCAGGUCUGCAGUGGAAAAGGAAGAGGGUGAGAAAGACUCCUCCCUAACUGCAGAGCCUCUCUUGAAGGUGAUGCAGAAACCAAAAGGCAUGAAGUCAAAACUCAGUGGCUGGUCUCGCCUUAAGAAACAUAUGGUGGUUGAAGCAGAGGAGCCCAAGUUUCCAGAGGAAGAGCCUGUGUCAAAGAAAGAUGUCCCUGCCAGCGCUGAUCAAAAUGUAAGUGAAAUGCGAAAUAUAACUGAAGCCGAAGCUAAGCCUACUGACAGCCAGGACAGUAGAGACUCCCCAAGGGCAGCAAAAAUGUGGGAUGCUGUCCUCUUCCAAAUGUUCUCCACCAAAGAGAAUAUAAUGCAACAAAUUGAAGCCAAUAAAACCGAGGAGCAAAAGAAGAUGGAGGCAGAACAGAAGAUGCCAAAAGAGAUUCCCACGUUUGCGCAUCGUUUGCCAGUUCUCCUGUACAGCCCGCGGUUUGAUGCCAGACGACUAAGAGAGGCAGCUUCGCGACCAGCAACAAAGAUUGCAACAGUUUUUGAAAUGGGACUCAUAGGCCGCAAACAUAAAGACGAAGAACCAAAAGACUUUAACAGAACAGCCAGAGGCUUCAGUACUUCUUAAACCACUGAUGUCUAACUGGAUAACAUAUAAAUAGUGGGCAAGGAUGGUUGAGUUCUGUUUAUUAUCCAGUCCAAUUCUUUACAUAUGCUUUUAUAACCGGUCAAUUGGCAAGUAAACUAAAAAAUGACUAUCUCAAAUGCACAGUAACUUAUUUGCAGUAGGUAAUUGCCCACUUGUCAACUGGCAUUAGCCAUUUAAGCGAAUUAGAAUAUUGAAUAUAGAGAAAUCAUAUAGUUUUGAAGCUUUUAAAUUAAAGAGUUUAUUGCUUAAUACUUUCAAAGCUCAUCUCGGCAUUUUUUAUGAGCAUGUUAAAUAUGGUAAUAAUUUUGAUAAUACUUACAUCCCUGAACACCUUCAUCAAAAAAUAAUAAUAAUUUAAAUUUAAUAAUACAGAAAUAUAACUAUAGACAAAAUCUAAGCAAAAUCAAGAGAGUGUUUUGGGGUAUGAACAUGUAAAAUAUAAUGCAGGUUUUAGGUAUCGAAAAUGUUUAGUUACCCUAUAGUAUACUAACAUUACAAUAAAAUACACCACACCUUUUUCUCAGCAAUAUUUUUCUACAGCCAGUAUUCUAUGGUGCUUAAUUGGGCGUAACAAGUCUUUGUGAGGAUAAAAUAUAUAUAUAUACACAAGUUAACAUGGUGUUAAGGGACACAUUGCUAUUGUAUGUUUUUUAAGGUGUAGGGACAAUUGAGAGUUGAGUUUUAGGUGGUUGGGCAAGUAGAACCAAUUAACUGCGGAAGAAAGAAUUAAGAGGUAGUAUAAGAAAGAGAUGUAUACAGUAAGUAUGCUAAGUUUUGGAAAUUUGUUCGAAGCCUUAUUAGUACAGAAAGCAUGGCAUGGCGCACUUUGCUUGGUGCUUAGCGUUGACAAAGAGCUUUCACUGGUGGAGCCUCAAAGGGGCUAACCAAACCUUUAAUAUAAAUGCUCUCGUUGCUUCAAUAUGAUUAAAUGAAUAACAGUGAAUGCUGAUUGUCAACUCCAACUCAUGCAUGUUCUUAUUUCAGGCUUAGGUAAUGUUAAGUUUGUAGGCUUGGCCUUUUUUGCAUGUUUGUCUUUUGUUGCAGAAACCGUCAGACUGAGAAUAUUUUCUCUUUACUGAUGCUGAUGUGUAUAAUGCUUUGCAUUCUAAGGUGCACUGUACUAGAUUUAAUGUUAUUUUUUAUUUUUUUAAAUAAAAUACCUGUUUUGAGAGAGGAUAUUUGGUAUGACUACU